UAAAUCGAUAUACAGUAUUUAUUUUAUUCGAAAUUGGCAACGACCGUAUAUUAACGACUCUAGCUCCUCUAGUGGUCGUUUUCCUAACUGGAAUCUCGAACGAAAGUGUGGAUGCUGCAUAUGCGAAACCUUUCAUAAAUAUUUCAAUAUGAAGCCUUUGAUGUUACAUGGUCAUGAAAGAGCAAUAACACAGAUCAAGUAUAAUCGAGAAGGAGACUUAUUAUUUUCAUGUUCCAAAGAUAUAAUUCCAAAUGCAUGGUAUUCAAUUAAUGGCGAAAGACUUGGAUCGUUCAAUGGACACACUGGAGCUAUUUGGUGCAUUGAUGUCAAUUGGGAUACAACUAGAGUUGCUACUGGAGCUGCAGAUAAUACCUGUAGAAUAUGGGAUUGUGAGAGAGGAAUUGAGAUGGCUCAAAUAGUGACAAAAACGGCCGUUAGAACUUGUGGAUUUUCCUACAGUGGCAAAUUAUUGAUGUACACUACGGAUAAAUCUAUGGGCAAGCCAUGCGAAAUUAAAAUCGUCGAUAUUUUUGACGAAAGUGACAUUUCAGAAAAUAAUUGUGUUACCAGUUUUAACAUUCUCGGGCCUAAAGUAACGAGCGCUCUUUGGGGACCUCUGGACCAGACUUUAAUAACGGGUCAUGACGAUGGAGAGCUGGCACUGUGGGACAUUAAAACUCGAAGUAAAAUAAAAUCUGUGUACGAACAUAGGGGAACAAUUAACGACAUUCAGUAUAAUAAAGAUCAGACAAUGUUUAUAACAGCUUCUAAAGAUCAUACGGCAAAGUUAUUUGAUACAGCCACGAUGGAAUUAAUGAAAGUUUAUAAAACGGAACGUCCUGUUAAUUCUGCAGCAAUUUCUCCCAUUCGAGAUCAUGUAGUAAUGGGCGGAGGCCAAGAAGCCAUGGACGUCACGACGACUUCCACGAGAGCGGGAAAGUUUGAUGCUCGAUUUUUCCACUUGGUUUUUGAAGAAGAAUUUGGAAGGGUAAAAGAUCACUUCGGUCCUAUUAACAGCGUGGCAUUUCACCCUGAUGGAAAAAGUUACAGCAGUGGCGGAGAAGACGGUUACGUUAGAAUUCACACGUUCGAUCCUCCAUAUUUUGAUUUUCAAUUCGAGUAUUAAUUAAAAUGUUUAAGAAUUGCUGUCAUCAAUUUGAAAAUAAAAUUUUUAUAAAUUUGA